AUGAAACUUAUAAAGAAUUUCAGUGGGAGUGCAAAAAUUUACAAGAAUGUCUCAUUAAAUUCUGUUUUAGAAGUCCAGCACGAUGAUGAGCAGAUAGAGGAAAAGCAGAAAUCUCAAGGCAAACUCAUUAAGGAAGCCACAUUCAAGAAGAAAAGUUCAACUGGUAAGAAAAGCAGUGAGUAUGCUUCAUCGGAGACAAAAGGUGUCAGUAAAAAACAUGUUCCUUCCAAAAAAAGGCUUCCGAAACCCGCCUCACAUGGGAAGAACUUGAAGCAGACUUUCGACUUCCCUGGUCAGAUUGAAAACGAUACAAAAAAGAAACCUGAUAAAGCUAAAGAGCACAGAAAAUCAUCCAGCCCUACCAUAUCUGAAACAAAGAAAGCUAAGAUUCCAGCUAGAAAGAAAUGUGAGAAAACACCCAACAAUAAGUCACCUGGUAAAGGUGACCGAAAUCCAGCUGGCAAGAGGUAUGAGAAAGUGUGCCAUCGUAGCUCCCCCAACACGAAAGAAGACAAAAUCCAGACUAGAGAGAAACAGAAAUCACCCAGCCAUCGUAGUUCAUCUACUGUGUCUGACAAAGCUCCAGCUUCUGGGAAGCCUUAUGAAUGCAAUCAGUGUGGGAAGGUCCUCAGCCAUAAACAAGGACUCCUUGACCAUCAAAGAACUCACACUGGGGAGAAACCGUAUGAAUGUAAUGAGUGUGGGAUAGCUUUUAGCCAAAAGUCCCACCUUGUUGUACAUCAGAGAACUCACACUGGAGAAAAACCAUAUGAGUGUGUUCAGUGUGGCAAAGCUCAUGGUCAUAAACACGCCCUCACUGACCAUCUAAGAAUUCAUACUGGAGAAAAGCCCUAUGAAUGUAAUGAAUGUGGGAAAACCUUUAGACACAGCUCAAACCUUAUGCAACAUGUAAGAUCUCACACAGGUGAGAAGCCUUAUGAGUGUAAGGAAUGUGGCAAAUCCUUUAGAUAUAAUUCAUCUCUUACUGAACAUGUGAGAACGCACACAGGUGAAAUACCAUAUGAAUGUAGUGAAUGUGGCAAAGCUUUUAAGUAUAGUUCAUCCCUGACUAAACACAUGCGAAUUCAUACUGGUGAGAAACCAUUUGAAUGUAAUGAAUGUGGGAAAACUUUUAGCAAAAAGUCACACCUGGUUAUACAUCAAAGAACUCAUACAAAAGAGAAACCUUAUAAAUGUAAUGAGUGUGGAAAAGCCUUUGGACAUAGUUCAUCUCUUACUUACCAUAUGAGGACUCAUACAGGUGAUUGUCCCUUUGAAUGUAAUCAAUGUGGUAAAGCCUUUAAGCAAAUUGAAGGCCUUACUCAACACCAGAGAGUUCAUACCGGGGAGAAACCCUAUGAAUGUGCUGAAUGUGGGAAAGCCUUUAGUCAAAAGUCCCACCUCAUCGUACAUCAGAGGACUCAUACAGGGGAGAAACCCUUUGAAUGUAAUGAAUGUGGAAAAGCCUUCAGUGCAAAAUCCCAACUUGUUAUACAUCAGAGAUCCCACACUGGAGAGAAACCCUAUGAAUGUGAUGAAUGUGGGAAAGCCUUCAAACAAAAUGCUUCUCUUACCAAACAUAUGAAAGUUCACUCAGAAGAGCACUCUCAUGAGGAAAAUUGAUUCCUCUCAUGUAGGAAAUCUGACAACUGACUGGUUUGGUUUUGUUUAACCCUAAAAGAUGUUCUCAAUUUGAUGAAUAUUUGAAAAUCUUUUUUAGGAAAUCACUACUUGUUAUACAUGAGAGCAUUUGAAUACGAUCUUUACAUAAGAGCAAUGGAUGGUAAUAAAAUUUCAACUUCAUCCUAAA